AUGAUGAGCGAAAGGUUUAUCUUAACUUCUCCAUUCAUGCUUAUGGAAGGGAUUGAGAAUAUAGGAAUUCAACAGAUGAAAAGUCAAUUAAGAUGUAUUAAAUGCUCUGAAGACCUUUCUUUGUAUUUUCCUCCUCUAAGUUUUCUUCAAACCUUUCCUCAUCCUCCAUUAAAACCUCUCAUACACUUAACCUGCAAACAUAUCAUCCAUUACAACUGUAUCAAUAAUCCACAGAAGCUGUGUCCUAUAUGCCCAUCAUCUGAUAUGGAAAUUGAUGAUUUGAAAACUCCAACAGAGCAGAGUUCAAGUACUGCACAGAAAAAAUGUACUAGGGUAUCAUCCGCAUUUACCGAAAAAUCAUCUAACAAGAAGGUGAAAAAAACUGGUGGAAAGAAGGUAUUAUUUAUGCUGAAAAAGCUUAUCAAAGAAUUAUUAGCUGAUACACCUGUUGCCGCUAUUGGAAAGAACUUGAAAGAAGCAAAUGAAAGCGCAACCAGUAUUUUUUUGCAACUCUCCGAUAAGAUUGAUAAUGCUGAAACUAAAAAUGAAGGUGCAUUUCAAGGUCUUAUUUUCAGCUAUUUUGAUUUUGGGGAAGUUGUAUUUAAAUGA